AAAGAGAAGGAGAGGUUGCUCACAGUGAUGAACGGUGUGCAGAACAGAUGUUUGGGAAGGUGGAGCUUCAGCAGCGCGCUUUAUUUAGCGGGAUUUGGGGGAAAUGCGCUGAUUUGCGCUGCGGGUCUGCGUUCAUCAGUCUACACUUUCUCAGAGAAGGACACGAGCGAAAUUUCUGCACAAGACAUCAUGGAUGACGACUUUGAACGCCGCAUGGAGCUCCGGAGACAAAGGAGAGAAGAGAUGCAAAGAGAAGCGGAAAAAAUGAGCCACCUAAAACCCGAUGAUGAUGAUGAUGACGAAGAAGCUGCUCGAGAAAGAAGAAGACGAGCAAGACAGGAAAGACUGCGCAACAUGGAGAAUGAGGAGAUCAGCAACACUGCCAAAGAAUACAACAGCACUGACAGUGUUUCAGACACAGGUUCAUCAGCACUGAUUACUGCUCCAGCCGUUAGCGAUGAUGAUCAGGCUCUUCUGGAACGGCUGGCCAAGCGUGAGGAGCGCAGACAGAGGAGAAUGAGGGAAGCUCUGGAGAGACAAAAGGAGUUUGACCCCACUAUCACUGAUGAAGAAGCCAGUGUCACCACCACCAGCAGCGAGGACAGGCCAAGCCGCAGGAGCCAUCUUAGGGAUGCAGAAGAAGAGACAGUCAAAAAUGAGGUUCCGUCCUCAGAGACCAACUCCUGGACAGAGAAGGAAGAUAAGAAAAAAGAUGAGAAUGCAGAGGAGAACCAGGAACCUGUGCCCGAAACAGCUUCGAAGGAACCGAAUGAGAAACAAGAAGACAUUGUGGAGAAGAAAGAGGAAGAAGAGGAAGCAGAGAAGCCCUGGAGAUCCUACCUCAGAGAACAGGAAAAGGGUGAAGAUCAAUCUGUCAGUACAAACACUGUGGCUGAAGAGAGAACAGAUAUGGGUUUAGACAGUACAGAUGUAGCAAAGAACGAGAAUAAAGAUGAAAAUUUAAUAAAGGAAGAGAGUCAAUUUGAACCUCAGCGAGAAGAAGAGAAGAUUGAGGCAGCUGUCAGUGAGGAACCUGAAAUAAAGAAGGAGGAUGAAGAAAAGCCUGUAGAGGAGGAAAAAAGGUUAGAGGCUCCACCAGAAACUCUUGCUGUUAGAGUAUUACCUGUUGAGGCUGAACCUUCUUUAGAGAACAAGGAAGUGGAGAAACCUGCAAAAGAAAGCCUUCAGCCUUCAGUGGAGAAGAACAAAAUAGAGGAACCUCAGAAAGAAACACCUGAGCCUCCAGCAGAAAAGAAAGAGGUGGAGAAAGUAAAGGAAAAAACAAGGAUGGUGGAUAAAGUGAGGCAAGAAGAAGAAAAAACACAAGUAUUAGAAAAAAGGCAAAUAGAGGUGAAGGUUGAACUUCCAAAGAAACAAGCUGAGGAGAAGCCUUUUGUGAUAGUUAAGGUAGAAGAGAAAGCAGUUCCACCGAAAAAGAUUGAAGAGAAACAACCAGUUGUGAAGAAGGAGGUGGAAGAAAAACCUAAAUGGAAGAAGGAGGAAGACGAAACAUCCAAAGCUAAAAUUGAAGUCAAACCAAAGGAGGUUGUGGAGGAAAAGCCUAAACCGUUCUUUUUGCGUGACAAACAGAAGGAAUCAGUGAAGCAGCAGAAUGAAGAGGACACCCCUAAAAUCAAGAAACCAGAAAAGCCAUUCGGUCAAGUGGGACUGCGCUCACCUCAGUUAGAAAAGCUGGACCCUGUGGCAAAGCAGGAGGCAGAGCGGAAGUUGGCGGAACUGAAGCGCCGGAGGAAUGAGACGGACAGCGAAGAGUUUGAGAAGAUGAAGCAGAAACAACAGACGGCUGAGGCUGAGCUCGAGGAACUGAAGAAGAAGAGAGAGGAGAGGAGGAAGGUCUUGGAAGAAGAGGAGAAGCAGAAAAAACUGGAGCAGGCAGAAAAGAAGGCGAAGGAAGAGCAAGAGAGGCAGAAGAUGAAGGAAGAAAUUGAGCGCAGGAGGGCCGAGGCAGCUGAGAAGAAAAAGCAGAAAGAAGAGUUUGCUGCAGACGGCAAGUUGCCGUUUAAAUGUCUGUCUGCAAAAGGAGCUGCAACAAAGAUUGGUGAAAAGGCAGAAUUUCUAAACAAGUCGGCCCAAAAAACAACUGUAAAAGCACCACACACUCCAUUGGUGUGUAAGAUAGGUAACAGGCUGGAGCAAUACACCUCAGCUGUUCAGACUAAGGAUGUGAAGUCCCCGAAGUCUCCUAAAGACCUUCCUGUUCCAGAGGGAAUGCGCAGCAUCAAGAGCAUGUGGGAGAAAGGUAAUGUUCAGAACCCAGCUGCUCCAGGACCUGCCAGUCCUUCCAUCAUCAACAAGGAAACAGCUGGAUUGAACACAGGAGUGUCAGGUCGCAUCAGCAGCUGGAAGAACAAGACUCCAGAAACCAAGACUUCUGAAACAAAGCCAGCAGAAACAAAAAGUGUGAAACCAGCUGAGACGAAGACGACUGAGACGAAGACAACUGAGACGAAGACGACUGAGACGAAGACGACUGAGACGAAGACGACUGAGACGAAGACACCGGAAACAAAGGGCUUGAAAGUGGCGGAGAUAAAAAAACCUGAACCAAAGAUCCCUGAAACAAAGAGCUUGAAACCAACUGAGACAAAAACAACUGAAAAAAAGCCACUGGAUUUAAAGACCCCUGAAACAAAACCCACUGACAAAAAGACUCCAGAGAUGAAGGCUCCAGCAUUUGGAAAACCUCCAGGAGGCAAACCUGAGCCGAAGCCUACUGAUGUGUCCAAAACACGUAGCCUGUGGGAACCCAAGGGCUCCACCCCUUCCAAGGUGUUUGGACUAAAGACAACACCGUUUACAAAUGGUACAAGGAAGUAAAGACAGAAGGAAACGACAAGACAAGAUCGCCGCAUUUUAUAUACUGCAUACUGCAUUCUUUUUAUACUCAAUGUCCUCCAGUAAAAUCAAAAUGAUAAUGCUUGGAAUUAAUUACAAAGAACAAUGUCAUAACAAUAGCAUAAGCACAUGUACGCCUGUCUCUGAGAUACUUUGCACCCCUGGUCAUUUAAUGCGUCUUGUAUCUUGAUUUUAUUCUGUUAACUUUUUAACUGCAUGCAUUUACACGUGACAUUUGACCACCAGGUUGUUGUAUUGUUCCUUACUUCCAAGACUUUCUUUUGGUUUCCACAAUGAAAAGAUUACGGCCCUUUUGUUACAUUCUUCGGAAAUAGUUAUUGUACUGGGUUCGUCCUUGACGAAUGGUUUUUAAAGAUUAUUUGAGAAAUCCACUAAAAUUACCAAAUGACGACUAUACAAUAUACAUAUAGUAUAUACUAUAUAGCUAAGAAUUGGGAUUUUUUUUUUGUGGCUUGUUGAUUCACAUUGGUAUAUUUGGUGAUCUGGAAAAAUCAGUUACCAAAAAUAUCGGGCUGCUUGCUAUAUUGUCAUAAACCUUUAGUGGUAAUCGCUAAUCAUUUAAGCAGACGAGCUUUGUUUCAGAAUCUCAUGCUGAUUGUACCUGCAAAGAUAGAGAGAGUGAUAUCGAGUUAGCGUUUGGCUUUGUUGACAGGUCACUGCAUGGCAGAGCACAUCUAUUAUAUCAGCUUGUAGGCACAGUGUAGCCUUCACAGUAAUCACAGUAUUAAAUAUGAUGCUGCCAUAUUAGCCACAAUUCUUUUUGUUUCCUUUCUUUAAAAAGAAAAAAAUUGUUUAUCAGCUUUCUGGUCUCUCUGUACUCAUAGAGUGUGCACAUCUUUAUUAGUAAUUUUUUUUUUUUUUUUGAUAAACCAGCUCGCAUUUCUCUGAAUCACAAUCUAAAACGUUUCACUGCAAAGUACAAUCUUGGUUUAUCUGUGCCUUAUUACAUCAGCUCAUCAUUAUAAUAUAAAGUGUCCUUGAGUGUCCUGGCCUUUUAUGUUCACCAAAGUGUAAACAAAUAAACUGAAUUCUCAACUAUA